CAGACAGACGAUUGCAAACAAACGGACAGACAGACAGACAGACAGUUACUAGUGUUGGACUUUAGUUAUAGUUAUGUACUUUGCAGUGAUGUAUAAUAGUUCCAUGUUUGAAAAUGUAUGUAUUGACAGACAGAUAGACAGACAAAUCAGCCUUUUUUCUAAGUAGAGAUAGAGAUUACUAAUACAAAAAGUUUAUUGGCUUAUUUUAAUUAAUAUAUCAUUACUAUUAAUUACCGCAAAUCAAUUAAAUUACCUAAUUUCUACAAAAACUCACACAAUUGGAUCUAAAUAAAGGUACCUACCUUUGGAGCCCCGUUUCCUAUUUGCGCACUACCACGUGUCUGUCCCACCCACACAGUUCGGUUUCCAAGCGAUCACAGUCUAAUGACUGCCAUGAUCACGCGAUCAGACUUGCUGACAGCCUUCGCUAAUUCCAUGAUAUUUAUCUAUCAGCACAAACUCUUGUCUUCAGUCGUCUUCAUUUCUCUCUCCAUCUAUUUCACUUAUCAUCUCGUUUUUUCCGCCUCCACGCUCUUUCAUGUUGCUCUGAUGAGUGGGAUAUGCUUGUAUCUCGCUUACUAUUGGAUGUUUCACGUGCAGAAGCCGGAUAUUUACUGUCAGGAAGCGUUUCGGAGGUUCUUGGAGUGUCACUGUCCGACGGCGUUUAGCGUGUAUUAUCCUACUGUGUGGACGGUGGGAGGGCAUGUGAGGUCGUUUAGUAGGGGAUUUAUUCAACGGCGUUUACCAGUUCAGUAUGAAAGAGAAACUGUGAAACUGGCUGACGGUGGCACGUUGUGUCUGGACUGGACCAAGCCCUCAAAACAGCAAACAAACGGCUCUACAAAGAUUGUACUUUUCAUGGCUGGGCUGACAGGUGGCAGUAAGGAGAACUACACCACACGCAUAUGCCACAAAGCAAAUGAGCUGGGAUACACAGCUGUUGUCAUGAACAACAGAGGCUGUGCAGAUACCCCACUAACAACACCGAUGACCUACUGUGCUACAGUGACUGCAGACUUACAGGCCGUUUUGUCAGUGAUCCACAAGAGAUAUCCUAACUGUCCAGUCUUCAUCGUCGGAAUUUCACUGGGAGGGGUACUGGCCACACAAUAUCUCUGCAAAUCCGGAGAAAGUGGGAACGAUGCCGGUGUUGUUGGAGUUUUGUCCGUGUCGGCACCGUUUGACUGUAUGACCACGAGUUUGCAGUUGGAGCUGCCAUUGAGUCUCGUCACGUUCAACUACUUUUUGACGUCACAACUCGUUCGAAAUCUUCAUCAAAAUAUUGAUAUUUUCAAGAAGGCUGAUGGUCUCACGUUCGAUAUUGAUGCUGUUGUGCAGGUCAAGACUCUCGCCGAAUUCGAUGAAAAACUAGUUGUUCCUAUGUUUGGCUACAAUGAUCGAUUCGAAUACUACAUGGACGCUUCAACCAGCGAACGUCUUAAGCACAUCUCAGUUCCAUACCUUGCAAUGAAUGCUGGCGACGAUCCAUUUGCACCACAUUUUGCUCUCCCAACCCAACAAUUCACUUCAAGUCAGUACACAGCAUUACUAACAACCACAGCCGGCGGUCACAUCGGAUUCGCAGACAGCAUAUGGCCAAGUGGCCCCACCCUAGUCGACAAGAUCUUCGCUGAAUUCAGCACAGCAUGCUUUGAACACGGAAACGAACUCAAAGCAGUAAACUAAUUCAGUAAUAUUUUACACUGAAGUAAACUACUUAAACUGAUGAGAACCCAAUAAAAUUUUUUCAGCACGUUUGAGAACGACUACUUUUCAUCGGCUGCUCUAGUUGGACACUCCGCUGUGUCCACGCAAACAACACCAUCCGCACCUUCUACUCUCUGUAUUACCGGCAGUCGCACCUCGUUGUUGUUGUGUGCACCACUG